CCUAAGCACUUUCACAUGAAUUUCUCCCUCACUAUAUAUUUUCCCUAGCCUCUACCCGCGCGGCCCGCCAGUCGCCCCUCUCUUCAUCUCCAUAUCCCUAUCUCUCUCUCCGGCGCCCAGUGACCCGCGCAGUUGGCGAACCCACCGGCCAUCUUCUCCAGUCGAAACCGGCCGGCCUCUCUCUACGGCGCCAGUCCCCCCUUCUCUCCAUCUCCAUAUCCCUAUCUCUCUCUCUCCGGCGCCAAGUGACCCGCGCGGUUGGCCAACCCACUGGCCAUCUUCUCCAGUCGAAACCGGCCGGCCAUCCCCCUCUCCAUCUCCCCGAUCGAUCGACGCGUACGUAUCCUCUCUCUACGGUGCCCAGAUAGUGCUCUCUCUCCGGCUGGCGAUUAUUCCGCCGUUACUGUUCCUGUACUGUGCAACUGACGUCUCCCACGGUUGCCCACCACCACGCUCCUCACUCUGCAGCUGUCACCGAAGAAGCACCGCACGCCGUUCAGCCUGUCACCAGCACUUCCUCGGAAAUCAUCGACUGAGCGAUCGCCGUAUCGGGUUUGUUUGAAGAAUGGGAGAGAGAAAGGUGCUGAACAAGUACUACCCGCCGGACUUUGACCCCUCGAAGCUUCCGCGGGUUCGGAGGCCCAAGAACCAGCAGAUCAAGGUCCGCAUGAUGCUCCCCAUGAGCAUUCGCUGCAACACCUGCGGCAAUUACAUCUACAAGGGAACCAAGUUCAAUUCCCGCAAAGAGGACGUCGUCGGCGAGGCAUAUUUAGGAAUUCCACUAUUCCGAUUCUAUUUCAAAUGUACAAGGUGCUCUGCUGAGCUCACGAUGAAGACAGACCCUCAAAAUUCAGACUAUAUCGUUGAGUCUGGUGCAACACGAAAUUUUGAACCUUGGCGUGAAGAGGAUGAGCUAACAGAGUCGGAGAAACAUAAAAGGGAUGCUGAAGAGAUGGGAGAUGCGAUGAAAUCUUUGGAGAAUAGAACCUUGGAUUCAAAAAGAGAGAUGGAUAUACUGGCUGCACUGGAUGAGAUGAAGUCUAUGAAGUCCAGACAUGCAAUUGUGAGUGUAGAUGCCAUGCUUGAGGCCUUGCAGCAUACAGUUGUGCAAAAGGAGAAAAAGUUGGAAGAAGAGGAUGAAGCACUUAUAAAAUCAAUAUUUCAUCAGAAUUCAAAAGAUUAUGUUCGAAGAAUUCAUGAUGAAGAUCUUGAUGAUGAUGAUGAUGAAGAUAUGAUUCAGCUUUCAAGUGGCAAUGGUGAAACAUCUUUUGAUCAACCGAAGAGAAGAAAGCUCUUUAAAGAGCUUCCUGGUAACCCAAUAGAUUCUUUGGCAAGAGCAACUUCUGCUGAUUGUCCCAAUAACAAAGAAAAUGAAGGUGGUUCAGGGGCUCCUGGUGAUGCUAAGUUAGUAAUCAAGUCUUCAACCGUUAGGAUUUCAGUUGUUAAGAAAGCAGCCUCUGAAGAUAGCAAUUCAGCAAAAUUGGAGAAGAAAGAUAACACAAGUAAACUACCAGUUGUUCCAGAAGAUAGCAGUUUAAAGCAUACAAGCAUUGUACUAGCCUCUCUCUUACAAAACUAUGAAAGUGAUGACGAUUAGUGGUGAUUGUAUAACCAUUACUUUCUUUCCCAAGAUCGUUAGAAAAUUCAUUUAUGAUAAGAGUAAAGCUAUAUUCCACAUUUGUAUCUCACAACUAGCUAACAAUGUUGACGUGACAAUAUCAACUACUGUUUGUCAUCCUUCAACACUAGAGUAUUUCAUUUUUGGCCCUAUUUAUGUAAAGUUUUUGUUAUUAUUAUUA